AUGUCUGACGUAGGCGUCCCGGAGGCGACCGCAACAAACGCUGGCACCGCCCGCAAGGAGCAGCAGGCCCAAGAUCUUGCACGGGCCCAAGAAGCCGGAUGGAACAACCCAGUUCCUUUCCAGUAUGACACCGUCGUUGGGGGCACUCCCGCUGAAGACGAGACCCGCGACACAGCCGUCUGGCUCUCUGACGCCGCAAUCUACCAGUGGGACGACGACUUCGGCGAUGUUGGAGAGCCUAACCCUGAGCUCGAGAAGAUGCUAUUUGCCGAUGAGUAUCUCCAGCGCGCCGGUGGUGCCAUCAAGGCGCUCUCGUUUGACGUGACUAUUGAGAGUGCGACUAAGAUCAGUCCCGUCCGCAACUUUGAGGAUGCAGGUCUCCACCCGGUCAUGCUCGACAACGUCAAAUUGUGCCAGUACAAGUACCCGACUCCGAUCCAGUCUUACUGCAUCCCGUCCAUCCUGACUGGCCACGAUGUCGUUGCUGUUGCACAGACUGGUUCCGGCAAGACUGCUGCAUUCCUUCUCCCGAUCCUGUCCAAGCUCAUGGGCAAGGCCCGUCAACUAGCUGCGCCGCGCCCUAACCCGGUCCGCUACAACCCUCUCACUGACAAAGUCCGUGCGGAGCCGCUCGUCCUGGUUGUCUGCCCUACGCGCGAGCUUGCCUGUCAGAUCUUUGACGAGGCGCUGUGCUACCGCACCAUGCUACGUCCUUGCGUCAUCUACGGUGGUGCCCCUAGCAGGAAUCAGCGCGAGCAGCUCGAGAUGGGCUGUGAUAUUCUUAUCGCCACGCCGGGUCGCCUGAUGGACUUCAUGUCCAACAUCAACCUGCUGUCCUUCAACCGCCUGAAGUUCACCGUCAUCGACGAGGCUGAUGAGCUGCUCUCCACUGGCUGGGAAGAGGCCAUGGAGAAGCUGUUCGCCGGUUCAGAUCAGAACGAUGACGCUGACCACACCUAUCUCAUGUUCUCUGCUACCUUCCCCAAGUCAGCACGCCGUCUUGCGAAAGAGUACAUGAAUGAGGACUGCGUUCGUAUCAAGGUUGGUAGGGUUGGCAGCACCCAUCAGAACAUCACGCAGCAGGUCAUCUUCGCCGAGGAGAGCGCGAAGAGCCAGGCACUGUUUGACUUGAUCUUCAGUGAAGGCCCUCAGCGUACCCUGGUCUUCACCAACUCCAAGGUCAAGUGCGACAUGGUCGAUGACUUCCUCUACAAUAAGGGCAUGCCUGUCACCUCCAUUCACUCAGACCGUACUCAGCGCGAGCGUGAAGAUGCUCUUCGCUCCUUCCGUACCGGCCGCUGCCCCAUUCUCGUCGCUACCGGCGUUACUGCGCGUGGUCUCGAUGUCGCCAACGUCAAGCAUGUCAUCAACUACGACCUUCCUUCAACCAUGCAUGACGGUAUCACCGAGUACAUUCACCGCAUUGGUCGUACCGCGCGUAUCGGCAACGAGGGCAAGGCUACGUCCUUCUUCAACGACCGCAACGAAGACAUUGGCCCAGACCUCUGCAAGAUUCUGUGCGAGAGCAAGCAGGAGAUUCCGGAAUUCCUUCAAGAGCACAUGCCUGAGGAUCCCAACACCAUCGAGUGGCACGACGGCACUGACGAUGAGUCAGAUGAUGGCCUUGGUGGUGGCUUUGGCGGUGGUGAUGCAGGUGGUUUCGACGCUGAGGCUACUGGCUUCGGCGGUGAGGCUGCCGCUGACACUGGCUUCGGUGGCGAUGACGGCGGUUUCGGUGGAGGAGGCUUCUCUGCUGAUGCCGAGGCUGAUGACAAGGCCGCUGCCUGCUUUGGCCUAGCCGGCGCCGGCUUGAAACACCAUCAACAAUUUCGGCAGGGCACGAUCUCCCUCACUGCGCUUGUCCAAAUACCGCGAUUCGUUCCUCUCUCGAUCCUACACGUCACGUCGCCCAAGGGGCCACAUCCUUUUCUCAUAUCGCUACCGAGUCGGAAGGGCAACCUCAUCUACAUUUACGUCUUUGUUCCGCCGAAACCGGUCGAUCUCGAGGGCAAUGGCGACCAGGACAGGAAAGCGACUGGGGAAUGGCGUGUGCCUGUGGUGCUAGAUUUUCAUGGCGGAGGCUUCAUAAUGGGAUCGCCUUUGGAGCAAGCCCCAUAUGCGUCGAUGAUGUCGCGUGAGCUCGGAGCCGUAGCCAUCAGCGUGUCAUAUCGCAUCGGACCCUUUCACCAAUUCCCCGCCGCUAUCCACGACGCGGAAGACGUGUUGUCCGCGAUCCUAGACACGAGUGGAGUUUCGAAAGCCGGCAAGGUCCUUAGAGAGGAAAUUCAGCGGUACUACUCUAUAGUACGGGAUGGCGCACUGGAAAAGAAGAAGAAGGAACCUCUUGCACCACACCUGGAGCACGUCAAUACCAUCACCCUCGAUCCUACACGUCUUGCGAUUUCAGGCUUCUCGGCAGGAGGAAACAUUGCCUUGAACAUGGCUAUAUCAGUACCGCCUUGCCCUGAGCUGGGCAUGUCGACUACACUCGGUCCUCAGUCGCGCACGACUGGCCCUCCGCAGUCAGACACCAUGUCGCCUAUCAUGCCCGAAAACCGCAGAGCCACGAUCCUGGACGAUCCCUUCGAGUCGUGGCCUUCUCUUCUCCCUCCCCCUCAAGCACAGCCCCGCAUGCUGCCACUCCUCCUAUUCUACCCUUCGCUUGAUGCACGACUACUUCCCCACGAGCGCCCCAUGAAGCCAUUACCCAACGCACUAAGACCAGACGACCACCACAAGCAGAAGCCGAAAGCACCGGGCUUGUUCUCAAUCAUGGGCCCAACCUACCUCCCACGCAAACUGCGGCCGCACCCGCGAGCUAGCCCCGGCUUGAACGACCCAAUGCAUAUCCAGAAGAACGCCGCCAUCCUCCUCGUCCUACCUGAGAAAGACACUUUGGCAGUACAAAGCGACGUCUGGGUCGACAAAAUGAACAACAACGACUGGAACGGUCCUGUACGCUUCGGCGAUGGGCGAUCAGGCGACUGGGACGGACGCCAGGGUGGACAGGCGGGCUCUGACAAUGUGCCCAGUAGGCAGAAUGGAGGCAUGGAGGUCUGGCACGCGCCUGGGUGUAGACAUGGUUGGACGCAGUUCCCGGAUACUUUUGUACCUCAGCAUGAGCGCAGUGAGAGGGAGCUGGUGUUUGCAAGGACGCUGGAUUUUGUCAAGGAUAAUUGGAGGAAGGAGUUGCAGGUGGAUAGACGGCAAUUGGGGAAUCAGAUUCAAGAGUUGAGGCGGUUGAGUAUACCUGGUGGGGAUGAAUGA